AUGAACCCAUCCCAACCCUACAUGGACGUCCAUUCCUCGCAAUACUCGUCCGGGCAGCCGUACGCAUCCCAAGCAGCCACAGCCGGUGGUAUGGCUCACUAUCCCCAAUAUCAUCAGCAGGCCCCGGUCCUUCCCCCGGCCUCGACAACUUAUGGGCCUGCGAGUUCAUAUUCGCAGUACGCCUAUCCCGGUGGUGUUGCUUCCGCGCAGUCUGCGCCACCUCCGCCGGCGACGUCAAUGAGCGGUCAGGUUCCGGCUCAGCUGCUUCCCUUGCCUGUUACCAGCCAUGCUGUGUCAACGCCAGGCUAUGGCAAUACUACAGGUACACCGAUGCAGGGGUUUGUCUAUGAUGCCACUGGGCAAAUGGCCCCUCCAGGUGCCAAGCCGCGAGUGACUGCUACCUUGUGGGAAGACGAGGGAAGCCUCUGCUAUCAGGUGGAAGCCAAGGGGGUGUGCGUCGCACGACGAGAGGAUAACCACAUGAUCAACGGUACAAAGCUGCUCAACGUCGCUGGAAUGACCCGAGGUCGCCGCGAUGGUAUCCUCAAGAGCGAGAAGGUUCGCCACGUGGUGAAGAUCGGCCCCAUGCACCUGAAGGGCGUGUGGAUCCCAUUUGAGCGCGCCCUGGAGUUCGCCAACAAGGAGAAGAUCACAGAUCUGCUGUACCCCUUGUUUGUGCACAACAUCGGUGGCCUGCUGUACCAUCCUACGAACCAGACCCGGACGAACAUGGUAGUGCAAGAGUCGCAGCAACGGCGAUUGGAAGGUCCAGCAUCAGCACGGACCCCGCAAGUCUCGCAGCCUCCUAGUCUGCACCACCAUCACUCCAUGCAAACCCCGGUUCCUUCGCAUAUGCCUCAACCCGCCACAAUGUCCUCCCAGUCCGCCGCACGGCCCAACCUUGACCGUGCCCAUACGUUUCCUACCCCUCCAGCCAGCGCCUCGAGUCUCAUGGGCCUGCCCAACCAAGGCAGCUCCUACGACUGGAACAGCCAAGGCAUGAACUCAGGUGUACCCCACACCCAGCCCUUGUCGAUUGAUACGACCUUGAGCAAUGCACGGUCAAUGCCUACAACCCCGGCGACCACCCCUCCCGGCAACGGCCUGCAGGGAAUGCAAUCCUAUCAGAGCCAAGCCGGAUAUGAUGCUUCGAAACCGUAUUACUCAGCUGCUCCUCCUUCCCACCCCCACUACGCCCCACAGCAGCCGAUGUCCCAGUAUGGUCAGAGCAUGCCUUCGAAUCCUUACAUCAAGAAUGAGAUGGCGCCACCGUCUGGGCGGACCCCCGUGGGACAAACGGAGACAGAGGCCUCGGACGUUAAAGCAGCGGAUCGGUACUCCCAGAGCAAUGGGCAUGUUGGCGGAGCAGGCGAGUCGGGCCCCGAACAUGAGUCGGACUAUGUGCAGCAUGACAGUGCGGGCUACGGUGCGGGGCGGGGGUCAUACACCUACACCAGCAACCCAUCUGUAAACAGUCUCACAGGUGAUCACUCUCAACUGCCGGCUGAUCUGACGGGAUCUCCGUCGCAGCAGAAUGGGUCUGGUCGCAUGACUCCACGAACCAGCGGCGCAGCUCCUCCUCAGUGGGCCUCUGGCUAUACGUCUCCCCGGCCGGCGACUGCUGCUAGUAGCCUCUACAAUAUCGUCAGCGAUACAAGGGGAACACCAGCCAAUGGAUCUUCGGACAACUAUGCCGUGGCCUCCCACCCAGCGUCGGGAUAUUCGUCCAUGAACGGGUCGCUGGGCUCUGCCAAACGAGGCCGCGAGGACGAUGACCUGGACCGUAUGGGUCGGUCAGAUAGCCAGGGGGAGUACGAGAGCAAGCGCCGACGGACCAUCACCGAGUCCACGGUGGGAGGACCGGUGGGUGGUGUUCCUCUGGGGUUGCAACCGAUGAAGGCUGGCGGCGCCAUGCCUCGUCGGGGUCGGUGA